AGGUAAUCCUUGCUCUCAACCAAACCUUGAUAUUGCACGAAAAAAUACGUCGCGGCGAAGAAAAUCUGCCAUUUUCCACCAAGCAACUGAUCUAUCAUUACAACUGUGGUAAUCUAAAAGACGUUCUCUUUUCACAAGUAACAUCAGGCAUUGCCAACCUUGAGAACAUUUCUGAAACAAACAGCUUACAAAAGGAACAGACGAGAGAGUUCGAAGAAUACAUGAAGGAAGAGUUGUUCUUUAAGAGAAACAGAAAAAUGGCAAAAAAGAUUGUAAAAAUUGUCAAUGAAGAACCAAAGAGACGCAUGAUAUUCGCUCUUGGUGCAGGUUAGCUAUUUCAUCGUAAAACCUCCCGUCUCUAAGGAAGAAGAAAUUUAUUAAAAUGUUCCUUUUCAACCCCCCUCCUUUGCAUCAAAGAAACACAUGCAUACUGAUUAGAUUUCUUGAUUGUCCUGAAAGCAAGCGCUAGUCCGGUGGAGAUGGGGGGGGGGGGGAGGGUGACUUGGGAACGCGUCCCCUUUUCUUAGACAUUCGUAAUAUAGUCUGUAAUAAAUGACGUCGGUUCACUCAUUUUUUCAUGGCGUAGAAUUCGUAAUGUAUAACGGUCAACAAAUCUUUUCCGAAGGGGGGGGGGGGUGAAGGGUAGGGGGGUAAUUAAUUUGUUCUUUCCUUGUCUUUUGAUAUGAUUGGCUCGCGCGUUUGUUCCACCCUCGACGUGUCUACCAUAACAAAUAUGGCUGCUACUUGACGAAGAUAAACGACAGAGAAAGAGAAUUUCGCGUUAUGUUUUCACAUUCUGAAUAGAUAUCUUACGCUUACUUGAACAAAUUUAAAUAACCACAUCUUCCCUCAGCACAAACCAUCAACAUUUUUUAUGGCUUUAAGGUAAUUCCGCAGUAAUUGUUCCCGAAAUGAGAAUGUGCUGAAACUUCCCAGGCAUGGAGUUUAUGAUAUACUUAAAGUAAAAUCACACAAAAAAGUUGGGGUCACCGAACUCGUUAAGAACAUAUGACAAUCACAAUAUACCACCAUUACCCCCAAUAUGGCGCCAUCUUGACGCUCAUUACGAGUAACAGCAAAAUCACAACAGCCCGAUAUUUAUUGACGUUUUUAGCGUGGAUUUUGCUUUAGUAAACCUAUCUUGUAAUUAUUUUUGAAAAAUAUUGUGUUUUGAGCAAAAUGAAACUACUAACGUGUACAAUUCUGAUCCAUUAAUGUCUUUUCCACAUUUCUUUACAUAUCUUUCUUUGAGAACAUGGGGCAUUGAUAAAGGAUUUUUUUUCAAGUCCAGAAAUGAUUUUUCUUUUAAUUUCGGAUAUGAAAUGUAAAAUGCAUAAAAGAAAUAAAUUAUCCGUUAAAAAACGGGGUCGCCGAUCUUUUUAGGGAAUUGUGGCAUUAAAACGUGAAAUACAAGUAAAUAAAUAUACUACAGACACAGAACCCUAGCUACACUUUUCCAUGUAUGCCUUUUUUGAAAACAUUGAUUUUAACGCAAUUCUUUGCACGAAUGUGACCAAAGAUGUUUUGAAGUAACAUAAAAUUGUCAUAAAAUGACAUUUUUUUAAACGGUACGUAUAAUGGAUGGAAUUAUAAGUUAUAAGAUGUUCGCAGUAAAAGUGCGCAAUGCAAAACUGCGGAAUUACCUUAAGGUUACCUAAAAUCCUUCAUGUUACGAGUGGGUACCCUUCAUGAAAUCAGCGUUGUUGCCUCAAACAGUCGAGAAUUUUGGGUCUUUGACGUGCGUUCGCUGCUACAGAAGGAAUAAAACAGUCGCGCUUUUGCAACCCGAAAAACCGCAGGAGCCAAUCAUUUUUUUAUAAUUUUAGGUGUGCCUCAUAUUUCUAUUUCAGACGCAGUACAAUUUUCAGGUGGCACUUUCUUUAAAACGACAAGCCCUUUCGCCAUAAGUAUUCCAGUGAAAUUCUACAGCGUUUAGGUUCUCUUAUAUAAUUGUUACAUCAUUCUCCUAAUAUACGUCAUCAGUGGAAUGGAUUUUGCUCCACAGCAGCCUGGUAGUUCAAUUAUAUUUUACCAAUUUGUUCAUAUUACAUUUCUCGUUUUGCCAUUAACAAUUACGAUAAUUAAUCGGGUAAAUAAUAUUUAUUGAGCUAACCGCCGCUCUCCCAAUUUCUAACAAUUUCUGAAAGUUAUAUGAAUGAUAGCUGAAUUACUUUGAAUUACUGUCUAGCUAGUCUUAAAUGAUAGUCUAGAUUAAAAAUCUCUCCUGAUUAAAAAUAUUCUGGCUUUAAAUGUGGCCCAGUGAAUUCGAUUCAAAAGGAUGCUUCAUCCAGUUCUAGUUUUGAGUUCAAUGGUCUCCAUAUGCAAUGACUGGGAAUUGGACAUUACUGGGAUCCGGGCAACGCGAUAAAAGAACGCCAGUGGAUAAUUGCCCAAUAAUUCAACAUGAGCUCCACCUUUGAAUUUACUAUAUGAGUAAAUUCUUAAACAACGUUCGAAUUUAUCAUUAUGAUAAAUUCGCGGCACGUUUUCAAUUUAUCAAUAGAGUUAAUCAUAAAACCACAAGCAUUAGACAAGAAUUCUUGUUAUAAAUGUAAUGGCACUAAAAGACUGGCGCGGUGGUGGCCGGUGGGGAGUUUUUCAGUCAAAAAAAGUUAGUUUUUCAGUUAAAAGUUAGGUUUUCAAAAAGUUAAAAACGUUAGGGUUAGUGGUUAGGGGUUAGUGGUUGGGGUUAGGGUUAGUGUUAGGUGCCGCGAAUUUAUAAUUAUGAUAAAUUCAAAAUGUGCCGCGAAUUUAUAGUAAAUUUACACAUAUAGUAAAUUCAAAGGUGGAGCUCAUGCUGCAAUAAUUAUGUCGGGUCUGUCGGUGUAGAAGUUAAAAUAUAUACUCUCGCCGUUCGUGUAUAGGCAGCAUUUUAUAGACAAAUAUGCUUGAGGUUGGAUCUCGGUUGUUGAUAGGGGUGAAACUUUGGUAUUACGGCUGGGGGGGGGGGAGGGGUGAGCUUGUUUUGCCCGAACAAAACGGCGUGGCCGAAGUCGUUCCUGACGGACGAACAUUUCAGUCGCUAUAAUUAAUAGUUAGAAUUAAUAAAAGCCCGCUUUUCCCCAAAUUUAUGAAAUUUGUUACCGUAAUUUGAUCAUACACCCCUGCACCCCCCGGUAGUUUCGUCCCUGGUUGUUGAAACCGGGAUGCCGCUUCAACUGGUAAAAAGGACGAAUUUCGCGUCCCAAUAAGUUGCAUUGUGUUGUUUUCAUCUCGUUCAUUUUAGGUCAUUUUAUUGGAAAUAGAAGCAUAAUUAGUCUUUUGCAAAGUCAAGGAUACAACAUAACUCAUCUCAAAGCGAGCGAUCCACUGCCAAGGUAGGUUUUGCCAGAUUGAUUAAAUCCUUCAAGCUCUGUGCCCAAAUAAUUAAUAUCCGUCGUCACCAGUUUGCCUUUCAUUUAUUAAUUAUUGAAUAAUAAUUAUUGAAUAAUAAAUAUAACGAAUUAUCAAGUCCGAAUCGAAACUUUUUGCAAUUGGAUAACGUUAUUAUCAUCAAUGAAACCUGUGAAUUAAGUUUUUGCGAAAGUUUGUCGUCUGUUUUUGUAACUAUAGAAGAGCUCAAAGAACAUACAAAAAAUACAUAUAUCUUCUUCCUUAGUUCUUCGAUUCGUUAUUUAUAUUCAAUUUAACAAAUUUGGCAUGCAGGCGAGAGUAUUGCUUAAUAUACGCGAUAUUUCUCACAUAAUAUGAAUGCACUUUGUGAGAAUCUUAGACCAAUAUUUCAAAAUUCCAGCUAAAGAAACUCUUAUUCGUUAAUCUCACCCGUUCAUUUUCUGGGAAAAGAAUGUUGUAUUCUGGAAUCUCGAUAUCGGAAUCUCACCUUUUCACUAAAAACAUGCAAAACCUAUACUCUUGUACUGCGGUGUACAAUGCAUAUAUAAAUAUGUAACCCACCUAUAUAUAGUAAGCAUAGAUUCAUGCGCAGUGAAUAUUGUUUGCUUGACAUUGGAAGAAUUAGCGUUUAGGUCACAGGUUUAUUGAACAUCUGUUUAAUGUUAAGUGCACAGCGCGCAGCAGACCUGUUACCAAGCACUUAAUUCAUUAGCUUUUUUCUUAUCUGAAAGUUUGUCAUUCAUCCAGACACUGGUCAAAAUUAUAUCUGGAAACUGUCUUUCAUUCUUCAUAUUGUUGGUCUUAACUGUGAUCUAUUUUCUUUCACCUGGCUGAUGUCUUGAUUUGUCAGUGAUAAUUGCAAUCGAAUAUAUAUUAUUACUAUUAUAACGAAUACGAAUUAUAAUAUUACUCACUAAAUUAUCACUUUUCGCGUCCUGUACUUUCCCCUACUUCUAUAUUCCUUUGUAAAUUUCUUCGCGUUUUAUGCAGCGGUGUUUUGCUACAUUUAGCCCUCACAGCUAAAAUCUUCCAGGCUCUUUUAUCGUGGCUCGAACAGCUCGAUACAUUUUUUAAAAAAUGGAAAAUUUGCGAUUUGAUCCCCAUACUACUUGUAGAAAAAUAAAAAAUCUAUCGCUAUGGCAACAAUGACGUUUCAAUAUAGCGGAUAUAUUUUAGACAGCAUGAGCACCACCUUUGAAUUUACUAUAUGAGUAAAUUAUCAAUACAAUAAAUCCGCGACACAUGUUGAGCCCUAACCUUAACCCUAAUCUUAAUCUAACCCUAAUCUAAUCUUUAUCUGAAAAUAAUCUAAACUUUUAUAAAAAUAAUUUUCUGCUUUUUCAAUAAUGAAGUCUCAUAUGUUAAGACGUCUUCCAAUAUAAGCGACCAAUUAAAUAUUUAAUUUACGUUUUAUUUACCAGGUAUGGGCCAAGCCGCAUAGCAAAUCAUUGUAAGAAACAAAAGAAGAAGAAGGGAAGAAAAAACAACAGGAAACGGAAACGGAGACGUUAUCGUACUCGAAAACAUUGCAAUAAUGAUAUUCCACGCGAAAAGAUUGUAACGUAAGUAUAACGUCCUCUCUUUGGUCAAAGAGAUAAAAAUUCCGUCUUUUGGUUUUCCGACUCAGUGACAUUUUCCCAUUCUUCAAGGGGGGUAACUGGUCGUUUCGUCCCCUUGCCGUUUCGUCCCCUUCACGUUUCGUCCCCAGACUAGAUACUGUUUUAUCUAUAACCUACUUCCUUAAUACAAUAUAUCUUACUUUUUGAGAUUGUAUCUCAGUGGAUUGUAUGCUCGGAUAAUACACUUUUUGUAUUUAAAUUCCGAAACUUUGAAAUGUAACUUAAAUAUUUUGCUUUUAUUUCACAAUUAUAUUAAUAUUGCUAUUGUCAGUGACUAUUAUAGUGACACUUGACUUGACUUUAUUUUAAUUGGAACUGAGUUUGAGGAAAACUAGACCAAUGACUGCCAUUCCAGGUGAUCUCGUGUUCGUAUUUUAGCCAAUCAGCGCUCAGAAAGGGUUGUCCGAAUAGAAACCAUUUUGAUGUAUUCAGUCAAUUAUGUCUUUCGUUAUUCGUUAUGAAACUAGUUGAAAUUUUGUAAUUAUGUUUGCUUAUGAGAACUAUAGCUCUGACAAAAAUAUGGAAUCGAAAUAAAGUAUAUUACAGGAGAUAUUCAGUUGUUUUAAUCAUAAAAUGGAUUUCUAUUUGACAAUUAGUGCCAGUACUUUUCCGCGUAUCAGGAUCAUCUGGUUAGUGAGCUUAAGAUUGCAAUGUUUUGUCAACACAGACGUCAAUUCGUCGAGGGGGAUUGGAUUAAAAACUGUGUUUUUGUCAGUUUGUGGUAUAAUCUUCAACAUAUAGGACAAAACCUAAGAUUUUUAAAGUUUUUUGCUUCCUUAGACGAGCGCUAUGAUGCAAACUGCCGCCAAAAUUAGUGCUACCAAUUUUCGGGUGACGUCGGUGUUGGGGACGAAAUGUGAAAGGGACGAAACGACCAUAAAGCCUUCAAGGGCCUUUUCAUUAGCCCACCUGGGUGGGAUAAGUUAUUGUGUUCACAUGACUUUUUUAUCUCAUGCACUUAAUAUCCCGCCUCGGUGAGAUGACAUUGUUUAAACAUGAUACCUUCGAAAUAGCCUACUGUAUUUGCUGUGCUUAAUCAAACUGCACUAACUGAAGCGACGAGGUACGAGGCUGCAGCCUAAACCUUGUAUUACAAUUUAAAUAGUGUCUGUUUAACCUGGUUUCCAUAUGCAUGGUCGUAACGGUCGUAAAGAUUGCUCUCAUCAUCCGAAAUACGACAUUUUAGAACUGAAAAUCCUACUUAUAACUGGAGAAUACUUAUGAGUUAUAUUUGGUUUAAAGGAAAAACUAUUAUAAACUGGCUGUUGAGAAAGAUCGUGAUUCUAUUUUUACGACCACUACGACCAUAUGGAAACCAGGCUUUAGGUCGAUUAAUUAUUAUUUUUUAUUAUUAUUAUUAUGCAAUAAUAAAUUAAGAAAAAUGGAAUGCUGCUUUUCAAAAGGCCGUGUGAUUACGCUAAAAUUACAAUAAUAUCAAUACGGUGCAGGACAAUAUAUACAAUUACACGUCUAUAAUAUAUUUAACAUGUUAUAACCCACUAUAUAUAUAUAUAUAUAUAUAUAUAUAUAUAUAUAUAUAUAUAUAUAUAUAUAUAUAUAUAUAUAUAUAUAUAUAUAUAUAUAUAUCAAUUCAUUGAAUCAACUUAGUUACAUUGUUUCUUUCUGAAAUACUCAUGUGCAUGAGGUCCAGAUGUUGGCGGCGGCAUAACUGAACGAUUUUUUCAUUACAUUAGUUUUUGGUUUGGCCAACCUGAGCAUUAAGUUUUACUUCUUAAAUUAUGGUUAUCAUUGUAGGAAAACUGAAACGUGUCAGUUAUUCCUUCCGGGCAAUUUUUCUGGAGAACUUUAUUAACAUAAGAAAUAGUUUGAGAAUUACAUGUACGCCUUUCUUCGAGAUUAUUCCAGCCUAAUUUACAUGCAGAGAACAUCUUUUGAACUUUUGAUCUAAUGUCGUAUGUAUCUCCCGUUAUACUCUUCCAGCUCUAUUUUGAAAUUAACAUUUUAAAAUGUUUAAUCUUUUGUUUAUAUUUUCCAUUUAUGCCGUUCAAUACCAUAUUGUAGGUCAAAAUCAGUCGGCAAUUAAGAAUGUCCAUCCCGGUCAGGUGUGACAAAUAGUCGGCCGGCCAAGGUGACAAAAAGUGCCUCUAAAGAGAGUUUGAUGGCAACUUUAUGUUAGAAGCUGGUAACAGGCAUUUUCUUAUAGUUCAAGCCUUGGUGAAUAAGACUGUAUGUGUUACCACUUCUGAUUUUUGCUUUAUAGCCAAAAAAUUGCGAAUUUUAAAAUUUUGCCUAUUAAAUUACUAUGAUGGCAAAAAAUGUAAAAUUUCAUGUUCUCUUAUACAAAAAAUAAACUAUACCACUAGAAAGACCGCAAAAAAUUAUAUAUAAGAUAAUUAAGCGACUAGUGCGAUUUUCAAGCCGAUUUUGAAUUAAAGAUGGUUAAAGUUGGCAAAAUGGGUACUAAUUAGCAUUAAUUUUGGUCAUUUCUGCAUUUUUUAACAUUAAAAACUCGAAAUAGGAUUGGAAAAACGUAGAACUCACUUAAUUGUCUUAUAUAUAGUUUUUUACGCUCUUUCUAGUGGUAUAGUUUAUUUUUCGUAUAAGAGAACAUGAAAUUUUACAUUUUUUUCCGAUCAUAGUAAUUUAAUAGGCAAAAUUUAAAAAUUCUCAAAUUUUUGACUAUAAAGCAAAAAUCAUAAGUGGUAACACAUAUAGUCUUGUUCACCAAGGCUUGAACUAUAAGAAAAUGCCCGUUACCAGCUUCUAACAUAAAGUUGCCAUCCAGUUGUACAAAUUGAUGACUUGGCCGGCCGUCUAACAUAUUUCCUCAUCUUUAUUGACGACAGCGGCAACCAGGCCUCUAUCCAGACCCCCUCCUACCUUCCACCCAGAACCCACGCGACCAAAUAAGAAAACCACUCCGAAACAACUGAAAACUGACCACCAGCGCUUCAAGACAACCAGACAGGGAAAGGACAGAGUGGGCAGCCACCCCAUAGAGCCAAUCACAGUCACUGUCACCCAUCACACUUGCAGAGGAAGCAGCAAAGUGCUCCCCACAUUUGGAGCGAGGGAGGACAGUGGGGGAUCAGGAAAUGCUGGAUCGAUUGUAGGGAUUGUGUUGGGUAUAUUGGUACUGCUGGCGGUCGUUGCAUUAUUUGGUUAUUAUCUGCGGCGCAGAAAAUCUACUACUAGAGGAAAGUAAGUGUUACGCUUAUUUCUCAAACGCAAGUCAUAUGGGAAUCCGCAUCGAAUCGUUAUAAGUUGAUAAUAGCGUCCAUAAAUGCAACUUUCGCGUUAAUGAAUGCAGGGACGUAGAAACUGGGGGGCGCAGGGGACAUACGGCCUCCCCCCCCGCAAUUUUUUCAAAGGACAUAAAGUGCCCUUUUGUACACGAUAAUAGGGAGGACGGCGGCGUCAGGAUGACGGCUAAACAAACUUUUUGAAAUAAAUGAUUGUAUGAAAAUGUUGUCCUGUAUUUACUUUCUUAUGAAUUUAAUACAGUUUAGAACGAGUAAAACAGAGCUUUAACCUUCAAAGCAAUUUUGAUCAACCCUGUUAGAAAAAUCGCCUGCCACGGCUUGAAAUGCUAGCGUACUUUACAAGACGUGAAAAUAUGCAUUUUGCCGUCGUCAACAGAGCAUGGACGACGUCUGAAACUCCAGAUAUACUUUUAAUUAUUCAUUUCAAUUGUGCUAUAGGAUUAAUGACAAUACAUUGUAUUGAUAGCCGCCGUCCUCACGUUGCCGUCUUACAUGCGUAAACUCCCUAAUGUUGCUGUAAAUAAUACUGUAUUAACAUGAAAGGUGCCCUUUCUGUUUUUUCCUUUUGUUUUGCUUACGUAAUGCUCUUUUACACAAGCUAGUUAUGUUAUACUAUUCUGCGUCAUGUACAUUAAGUAAAUCCAGUGAAAGAAAUUUAUAAGAAAUUUCGAUGUUUUUUAAAAAAAAAUGUUCAUUGUACGUUGCAAUUCGAAAUUUGGGCAGAUGUAUUUUUUUAAGCACGAUCGAAAUAUGAUAUGAUUGGAAAUGAAAAUGUUUUUUUCAUUUUCCAGGGUUUUUUUUCAGUUUUUUUUCUCGUUUUUUUUUAUGCUUCCUACGCCCCUGAGUGAAUGUCUCUAGGCUGCUUUCCAGUUAAGCGUGUUUUAUCUUUCUAAAUUUUAUAUAAGUACUUUCGAUAGAAAAAUCUAAAUCAUACCAGUUUCGAUUCCAGUUUUCCCCCGUAGUAACAAAGGAGCCGAAGAACAGUUUACAACUGAUAGAGCUAUCCAGCAAUGACGAGUCAUGCUUGUUUCUUGUGUUAUAUAGAUCACGUCCAAGAAAAACAGUGUCCAAAGAUAAUUUAGCAGGUAUGUGGGAGAAAAGUUAAUAUCCGCGAAUAAUAUUCAAUUGCUCGCCGGGCCAUUCCGGAAUAAUAAUUUCAGAUGAACCCCUAUAUAGCUAUUCAGACAGCCAAUAGCAUGAUUAAGAAAUUGGCCUGAAUCGCUAUACUUUUUCUCCUGGUUAAUAAAAUUGUCCGUUCUAAAGCGAGAAAUUGAAUUUGCGGUCAUCAAUCAACUUUACCAAUGAGGGUAAACGCAUGACAGUGCAUGUGAAACUGACGAACCAGCGACCCUAGCUAUAAAUACAAAAAUAUGGUAACGGCUGCGUCUAAGAAUGCAGAGGGCCCCCUAUACCUCUUCACAAUCUGCUUUCACGUAAAAAUAUUUUGCCUUUUCACAAGUCACGGAUUAAGAAAAUCAUCGAUCACGUUUCACGGCUAAGUAAAAUAAGCCCUUCACGCUUCACGCAAAAAGUAUAGGGGGCCUGAUCACGUUUCACGGCUAAGUAAAACAAGCCCUUCACGCUUCACGCAAAAAGUAUAGGGGGCCCUCAAUGCAUAUACAUUGUAGGAAUUUAAGAACUAAUGGUUUAGUAGAAGUCUAAAAUACGUCUUUUAAGAUGGCCCAUAUCCUUUAAAAUGUCAAUAUAAAAAGUUCUCAGAGAUGACCUAAAAAUGUUUAUACUAUUAAUGGACUGGAGUUCGUUUGGCAGGCUGUUCCAUAAUCUUGACAUUCUGACUGAGAAUGUCCGUCCACCCUCAGUUUCUCUAUUGAAACGUGGGCAAACUAUGUUUAUUGAGCCAUAACGACUUGAUCGGUUAUGGAUAUCUGAGUUUACCCUCAACGUUUCUUUAAGGUUACAGAACACCUUUGAGUGUUAAUUUUGCCUAAAUUUUUUUUAUUGGUUUCAAUGAACGCAUUCGACUAGUUCUACUAUCUGACCAAGUUUGGACGAAAAAUGUUGAAAACUCGCAGAGUUAUUUAAUAAAAUACAUUUCGCUUGCAAUAAGAAAAAAACAUUGAUAUAAUAUUCAAAUUCAAUUUUCUCCCGAAGAAUUUUGCGGCAAUUACUGAUUUUUAAACAAGUUGUGCUCCUGCGGGUUUUAACGAAUUUUUCUCAAAUUUUCACAGGACAUAGCUAAAGACGUCAGUUUCAAAAUUGUGUUCGGCUUUGUUCUAAUUUUGGAUAUUUUAAUAAUAAGGAGCAAUUCACACAAACGAUUCAGAAAUAUAUUGCAGUCGUCACAGUAAUCGCCAUAUCAGCGGAAUGACGAAAUAAACAAAAAUUUCCGAACCCAAUUUUUUAGAACAACUAUUUCACUGUAUAAAAAUGAUAUUUUCAUAAAUAUAUCUUAAAACCAGCAGGAACAUAACUCAAAAGCGUAAAGGAACCGCGAUUUAAGAUUUUCCUGAAUAAUUCUUACAUUAUUUUAUUGUUUGUCAAUUUUGCAACUUUAUCAUAUUUUGCAUGCACUGGCUAACCUUUGGUGAAAAUUUGAUGAAAAUCAGACUGAUUUUGGGCGCGCGGUAGCGAUUUUCCACAAAACGCCAAAAAGGUGUCCUGUAACCUUAAUGUAAGCCGGGCACGCCUUGGCCAUAAAGACGUUUGUGAACCAAACACACACAUCUGAUGAAAGGUUGUUCAAUUGAGGCCAAUGAGCUACUGUUUAAAACGGCUAGUAUAUAAAAUGUAUUUGAAAUUACAACAUUACUCAUUAGGAUCUUAAAAUGUUGUAAUUUCAAAUACAUUUUAUAUACUAGCCGUUUCAAACAGUAGCUCAUUGGCCUCAAUUGUGAACAACCUUUCAUGAAACACAAUGCUACUGAAGGACAACCACCUACGUUUAAUCGCACACAUCUGAAUUUUCGAGGGGCAUUUCACUCCAAAAAAGCGUACGGGAUUUUCAGAUUUUUAAAAAUCCGCGGAUUUUUCCCGGAUUUUUUAGCGGAUUUUUGAAGAGAAAAUCAGUUGGAUUUUCCGGAUUUGUUUGGAUUUUCCGGAUUUUUUGACGAAGUCUACGGGAUUUUCGGAUUUUUAAAAAUUUUUGGAUUUUUUAACGGAUUUAGCGGAUUUUUUCCGGAUUUAUAGCGGAUUUUUGAAGAGAAAAUUUGUUGGAUUUUCGGAUUUGUUCGGAUUUUUUGACGAAGUGUACGGGAUUUCUGGAGUGAAAUGCCCCUCGUGAAUUUUGACUUCACAGAAGAAAUGUAA